AUGGGCAUAGAGGGCUGCCUCCGACGCUUCAUCUCCGGGUUCCUGACAGGGCGGACUCUUCGAGUACGGGUUGGCCGGUCCACCAGCAGCCCCAGGAGCGUGAUGACUGGAGUACCGCAAGGAUCUGUCCUCAGCCCACUGCUCUUCAACCUGGUCCUGGCGGCCCUUCCAGCAGCCAUCCCGGUAGACAGCACGCACUCCGCACAGUGCUCAAUCUAUGCCGACGACGUGGCUCUGUGGGCAUGUGGGCCGAGACGCCACCUACCAGCCAUCCGGCAUUCCCUCCAACACUCCUUGAACGCGGUGGCCUCCUUCUUCAGAGGCAUCGGGCUUCAGGUGUCCCCCACAAAGACUGUGGCCUUGAUGGUCCACCCGAGAGCAGCUGCCAGGGGGAGCGUGCAGAAGCUGGUCCUCAACGGCCGACCCAUCCCAUGGAGUAAGGAGGUGACUUACCUGGUGCUCCGGAUAGACCACCGCCUGACCUGGAUCCCUGCUGUCAAGGCGGCUGUCACCAAGGCGGCGCGGGUCCAGUCCAUGGUCAGCAGGCCCCUGCUGCGUGGAAGGGGCUGCCCUCGGAAGCUGGCCCUACAGCUGUGUCACGGCACUGCCACAGCUGUCAUCCAGUAUGCUCUGCCCUUGGUCCAGCUCUCGUGGCGCCGAAAAGAACAGCUGGAGAAACAGCAUCGCUCGGCCAUCAGGGCGUUCCUGGGGCUCCCACGCUGUUCUCCAGUGGCUGCCACACUGGCAGAGGCACAGACAUCGCCAGUAUCCGUGCUGAUGCUGCGUCAGGCCCUGCAGCAUGUCGACCGGCUGCACCGAACGCCAGACGGAGAGGCUCUGCUGCGGCGCAUCAGGGACCGGCCGACUUCCCGCAUGGGGAGCAUCUGGGCACUCUACCAAGAACUGGUUCCACAGCCCCCCACUCCAGUCCAGCCUCCACCUCCACAUCGGCCGCCGCCAGACAUCAGCCUGCGCCUGGGGAAGCUGACAAAGAGACGCACUCCAGCCAGUCAACUCCAGCAGGCCGCAGUGGAGAAGAUUCACGAGCAGCUGAGUGGCCACCUGUUGCUGUACACGGAUGGCUCCGUCUACAAGAGUCCUCCUUCUGCUGCCGCUGCCUGCACGGUUCCCGAGUUGGGGGUAAGGCUUCAGUGCCGCCUUCCGUUCCCAGCGAGCUCAACAGCAGCCGAACUGGUAGGACUCAAUCUCGCAGCAGACCAUCUUGCCGCCAGCCUCCCUACACAGCCAGUGGCCAUCGUCACGGACUCCCGCACAGCUCUACAGGCCCUGCUGCAGCCCGAUCGAGCCGGCGUCACGGUGAUCCUGCUCCUCGCCAAACUCCAGGCCCUCAAGGACUGCGGGGUCAGACUGUCCAUGCACUGGCUUCCUUCCCACGUUGGAAUAGCCGGCAACGAAGAAGCAGACGCCGCUGCCAAGGACGCGCACCGGAUCGACAUUCCAGUCACAACUGCUGUAGCGGCCUCUGACUUCUCCCGUCAACGGCUGCUGCACCUGCUCAAGGCGGCCCACCCGGACCAACGAAUGGCAAGUUCGUUGGUCCGGGUCCCCCGGCCACUACAGGAGACCGGAUUCCAGUGGCGAGAGCUGAGGCUGCUGCUGCGGCUCCGAACCGGAAGCGCGUGGCCUGCUGCACGCAAGUACAGCAAGGGCCGCUGUUCCUCGCCGGACUGCAGCAGAUGUGGGUCCCCUGAGACGCUGGAGCACAUUCUGUGCUUCUGCCCAGCCCUGGAUGGCCCGCGCGACACCAUGAAGAGGUCCUAA